GCGGACAGUGGCUGGUGUCGCGUUUGACUGCAGCUUGUGUGUGUCUGUCAGUAAGUCGUGGUUGCGGUUAUGUCAGCCGUUAAACGUAAUUAACAAAUGUAAUUUGUCAGCGAGCUAUAUUAAAGGUUAUUAAGUGGCAGGUGAGGCGUUAAAUGUCCUCCCCGUGCUGUGAGCCGACUAACCAGUAUCACGGCUGUGGGAACCAUCUCAGCCCUGGUGGACAUAGUCAUGAUUUAUCCGCUGGUGCUGAAAGCUGUGGACCGAAACGUGCAGCACGUAGCGAUGCAGUGCGCCGUGCACAUGUGCAAACGCAAGCGGGUCGGUUUGCUCAUCCACACGCCGCCGAGGGCUGUCUGUGCGUCAUCCGGCCCCAGCUUCAGAAGUACUGACGGACUGACGUCUGUAACCGCCGGCCUCAUGCAUGCUCAGCUCCGGAGUAUCUCACUCGAAACGAGCUGCAGGAAUAAAAGCAAACCCGAGGAGAGAGAAAGCGGGCCGGCGGCAGUUUCUCGGUAUCAGAGUGGGACACCUUCAACUGCUCAAAAGGUGAAGGAGGCUGGGAGGGACUUCACCUACCUGAUAGUUGUACUCAUAGGGCUUGGAGUAACAGGAGGUCUGCUAUACGUGGUGUUCCAGGAGCUGUUCUCCUCGUCAAGUCCAAAUAAAGUCUACGGGAAAGCUUUCAACAAAGUCAAGUCACAUCCGGAGGUGAUUGGUGCUUUUGGGGAGCCAAUCAAAUGUUAUGGUGAGACCACCCGACGGGGAAGGAGGCAGCAAGUCAGUCAUCUGGAGUACCUGAAGGAAGGACUGAAGCAUAUGAGACUGAAGUUUUACAUCGAAGGUUCAGAGCCAGGCCUGAAAGGAACGGUCCAUUCAGAGUCGAAAGAGAAUCCUGAGACUGGAAAGUAUGAGUUUCGCUAUAUAUUUGUGGAUGUAGACACAUACCCAAGACGCACCAUCAUUGUAGAGGAUAACAGAUAAAACAGACAAUGUGCUCAGUCAUUGUGAGGCGUUAAGCUCACUGACAAAUUGUAGGAGAUAUCGUUCAUUUAUAGAUGCCGUGUUUGGGAUGAGAGAUUAGUCUGCUGAAUGCUUCUAUUGUUCUUUGAUUUAUAGGGGGCUACUGCAAGCAGUGCUGUUUCUGUAUUCAUCAGUGGUCUCUAUGCGAGAAAAAUUCCGUGUUGUUCAAAAAGAUCAACAUUAUUCAUGUUUUUUCCCAUCUAGUCAUUAAGAGAGGGUAAUGAUGUUAAAUAUUUGCGGAAAGCUCACACAGGCUGAUUCAAAACAAGAUGGCGCCCAAUGUAGAACCAAUAUGCUGCUCUUCAGACAGUCGGAGAACUUCGGCAAAGUGUACUUUUUAGUAUUAAAAUCUUUCAUUCUUCUCACCAUUUCAUUUCUUUUAUUGUAAACCUGUUCUCUCUGAUGCAAAGUUUGCUUGUUAGACAACUUUUAUGUGACCUAUUUGCAAAUCAGACAAGUUAUGUGGAAAUUGUGGCGGUAAUGGAUAUUGAAUAUUGGGGGUAUGCACAAUUCUUGCCACGGAUCUUUCCUUUGAGUAGAUAAGGGGAAACGACGUCGCUACUAUGAUGGAAAAAUAUCUGAUUUGUUGUCAACACCUAAUGUCAACCAGGACCUUUUAAAUUGUAAUAAAAACUAGAAAUAUUUUC